AUGGCUCGUCUCGGCCUCCGCCUCCUCUGUGUUGUUCUCUCUAUCGCCGCCGUAAGAUCUUGCGCGCCGGCCGAUCGCGAGGCCCUGCUCGCCUUCAAGUCCUCCCUCAAGGAGCAGAACUCCGGCGUGUUCUCCUCCUGGACGGGGCCCAACUGCUGCGCCGGCUGGUACGGUGUCAGCUGCGACCCCACCACCGGCCGCGUUGCCGACAUCAACCUCCGUGGCGAAGCGGAGCACCCGCUGCCUUCCUCCCGGCCUAAUCAGCCGGGGGUAAUGACCGGCCACAUCUCAUCCUUAGUCUGCCGCCUCGACAGGCUCACCACAUUCGUCCUCGCCGACUGGCGCGACAUAUCUGGUUCCAUCCCCCCCUGCAUCUCCUCCCUCCCUCUGCUCCGUAUCUUAGACCUCACCGGCAACCGCCUCUCUGGGCCGAUCCCCGCCGACGUUGGGAAGCUCUCCCGGCUCGCCGUGCUCCACCUUGCCGACAACCAGAUCUCCGGUGAGAUUCCCCAGUCCCUCCCCAAGCUGUCCUCUCUCAUGCGGCUCGACCUCAGCGGCAACCGCAUCUCCGGCCACAUCCCGGAGAACUUCGGCGAGCUUCGGAUGCUCAGCCGGGCACUGCUGCGGGGGAACCAGAUCACCGGCGGCAUCCCCACCUCAAUAGGGAGAAUGACCCGUCUCGCCGACCUGGACCUCGCCGGAAACAUGUUCAGUGGACAGAUACCGGAGGCGCUGGGGAAGAUGCCGGUGCUCUCGACGCUGAACCUAGAGGAGAACACACUCACCGGCGUGAUUCCGGCGAACUUGCUGGGGAGCCGCAGGAUCAACAUCCUCAAUCUGAGCCACAACGCGCUGGAAGGGGUCAUCCCCGACGCGUUCGGGCAGCGGUCCUACUUCACGGCACUGGACCUGUCCCACAACCGGCUGAGGGGCGCCGUGCCGAAGACUCUCAAGACGGUGAGCUUCGUCGGCCAUCUCGACGUCAGCCAGAACCAGCUCUGCGGGCAGAUCCCGCAGGGGCCGCCGUUCGACCACCAGGCCGCCGCCUCCUUCUCCGGCAACGACUGCCUCUGUGGGGGCCCACUGCCGCAAUGCCUAUGA